GAACAGCUGCAGGCGCGAGCCAAUCGCUUUCCCGAAACGUUGUGUCUCAUAUUUAAAGUACAGUAACUUCAGCGGACACGUUUUUACAGCGUUUCGGGCGACUACGGAUACUACUGGCGUACUGCAUCUGGGGAAAUGAGUUAUAUGAACGGAGAGAUUACUCUCAGGGCUGUUUUAGUGUUUACGUUUUUUACGAAUGGCUUGCUUUGGACUUACAGAGAGGAACAAGAUGAUGCGGACAGAGAAGUCUGCUCAGAAAAUAAAAUUGUCACAACUAAAUAUCCUUGCAUUAAACCUACGGGGGAAUUGACAACAUGCUACAGGAAGAAAUGUUGUGAAGGCUUUAAAUUUGUACUGGGGCAAUGUAUUCCAGAAGACUAUGACGUGUGUGCAGGGGCCCCGUGCGAACAGCAGUGCACGGACCACUUUGGGCGGGUGGUGUGCACGUGCUACUCCGGGUACCGCUACGACAGGGAGCGCCACAGGAACCGAGAGAAGCCAUACUGCCUCGACAUCGAUGAAUGCAGCAGCAGGAACGAGAGCGCGUGCUCCCAGGUCUGCGUCAACCUUCCCGGGACCUACAGGUGUGACUGCGAGGGGGGAUUCUUCCUGGAGGAAGACGGCAAAACCUGCACUAAAGGGGAACGAGCGAGCCACUUCCAGAAGUCGGAGAACGUGAUGAAGACAGGAACAUGCUCAGCAACCUGUGAGGACUUUCACCAGAUCAAGAGCACCGUGCUUCAGCUCAAACAGAAGAUUGCCUUGCUGCCGAUCAGCGCUGAAAUAAAUAAGCAGAUGACCAGCGAUAAAAUGCUGACAUCACACUCAUACCUGCCCGGGCCCCCUGGACAACCUGGCACACCAGGAAUGCCAGGACCGAAGGGACUCUCUGGACACGACGGACCGAUGGGGCCCCCUGGACUCCCCGGCCCCCGGGGACUGAUGGGCCCCAUGGGACCCUCGGCCGAUUUGUCCCACAUCAAACAAGGUCGCCGUGGCCCCGUGGGUCCUCCCGGUGCCCCAGGAAAAGAUGGCAUGAAGGGGGACAGAGGGGUUCCUGGACUCACUGGACCUCCGGGCCCGCCGGGAUCGUUUGACUUCCUGCUGCUCCUGAUGGCAGACAUCCGCAAUGACAUCGCCGAGCUGCAGAACAGAGUGUUCGGCCCACGGACCCCCUCCUCAGGGGAGGAGUUCCCAGUGGCCGCUGACAACUGGAGGGAGAAUCAGGACAUCGUGGACGUGGGGUCUGGUGAGGACUACAGACAGCAGGGGGCGGCGAAGAGCAACAGGAAGAGGAAACCGACACGGACUUUAAAUGGGCCUGAUUGGUGAUGCUUUGUUCGAGUGCGGACGUGAGCUGGCCCAAGUUUAUCUCUUAACCUACAGCACCGCCCUUCAGCACCGAAGCGAAACAACCAAGCAAUGUUCGGUCUACUGAAAGUGCCUUAGGACCCACAGAGGGCGAACCAUUCAAAACACAAGUACCUAUGCAGGAGUAAACGUCAAAAUAUUUUAUUUUAUUGAACUGCUUAUACAAAGUGCUAUUGUAUUUCUUGUCGUGAAAUCUUUAUUUUUAUAAUAUAGAUAUAGGUAUAUAUUUAUAUUUUUUCAUAUUUCAAAAGUGCCUUUUGUCAACAGA